AUGCUUGGUCUACGGAAUCUCGCCCGCAGCGCACCGCGCUCGGCUGCCCGUCUCUCCACCAAAGCCAUCCGCCCGCAGUCUUCGGUAUUCCGCCAGACGGCCGCUUUCCAGCCAUCAUGGGCUUCCGUUCCUAGACUCACAGCUUCUUUCCACGUCUCGGCAAGGAGACAAGAAAGCGGAGCUGUCAGCGAUGAGCUUGUCGCAAAGCUGCAGAGCGAGAUCUCCAUGGAGGAGGACAUGAAGGAGGACGACGACCUGUCGGCAAACAUCAAGGAGUACCUCGAGAACAGCCCCUUUGAGAUCGAAGACAAGGCCGGCAACCAGGAAGUCGUCCUGACCCGAACCUUUGGCGACGAGAAGAUCCGUCUCACCUUCACCACCGCGGACCUGAACAACAACGUUCCCAACGAGGAAAUGGGCGAGGAUGCUGCCUACGACGACGCCGACAUGGACGUCCAGUCAGGUGGGGCAAACACCAAGGGUGCCGUCAGCCAGGGCAAGACAGCAGACGGAAACGUCCGAGUCGCACCCGAGGGCAAUGUUUCGCCCGCCGACCGCGAGGAGCUGGAGGACGACUUCGAGGACGACGGCCAGCAGCAGGGCUUCCCCGCCCACGCCAGCAUUCGCAUCGAGCGACCUGGCAAGGGUGCCCUCGCUAUUGAGGCAACUGCACAGGACGGUGACUUCCUCAUCGAGGACCUCUACUACUUCCCCUCCGCCGACCUCGCCGACCCGCAGACCGCUGAGCAGGACUGGUCAAGGCGGACCCUCUACACUGGCCCUCCCUUCAACAACCUGGACGAGGACCUGCAGAUCCUGCUCGAGAAGUACCUCGAGGAGCGCGGCAUCAACACCCGUCUGGCUCUCUUCAUCCCCGACUACAUUGACCACAAGGAGCAGAAGGAGUACAUCAGGUGGUUGAACAACGUCAGGAAGUUUGUCGAGUAA